AUGUUCCUCUAUAGAUGUCCAAGUCGACUAGGUCGUACUCCUGACGUGGAAGACUUCACUGUUGUCCUUGCCAUUCAUUGUUCCUCGACUUCUUGUUGUACUCCCACACCGUCAUCGUCUAUAUGGGCCAUCUGGUCUCCUAUAGAGGCUACAACAACAGCUGUUGGUGGUCCCUGGGUGAAACCUCCUCUGCUACGACAAUUCGAUAGCGGUCGAAACUCUCUUCGGGGUGAAAGCGUCUAA